AUGGGCUCUAACCACAGCAGCGACAAGCUUCACUGUAACCGCUAUCUUGAUGGGCAGGGUCCUCCAUCACUGGUGCAACAAGGUCCUUCACCGACUUCCUUCUCUAUACCUGAAAAGUUGAUGAUCUUUCAUUGGUCCUAACUUUGGCUAAAACUGGUUUGCUGUCUGUGCAGCUAAUGAUGAGGUGAAUAGGGUUCAAGGAGGACCGCACAACAGCCAGCCAGAGGGCCAGAUGACCUGGGUGGUCCUCCACAGAGACCUGCCAGGGUUCCCUGAUGAUAACACGAUACAGAUCAGCUACAUUUUUCCAGAUGGGAUACAGACAGUAAGGAUCACAUCUUUUUAAUGAUUUUGUGUAUGAGAAUAUUUUAACAAAUAAGAGUCAGUAAUCGGAUUAAUUCAUUGUAAAAGCACAGGCAUUAUUAAAGCCGUACAUAUCCUCAAGACAACGUACUUCAACUUUCACAUACAAAGGUCAGAUGCGGUCUUUGUAAGGAUGUAAACAACCUCAUCAGAUAAUUGAGUUACAAUAGCUAAGCGUGUACUUUGCAUAAAAGAACCUGAAGGCGCUCCAAGUAGAGCACCCAUUUCUUUUGGGACACAACAUUCCUGCUGCUGAAGCUGAUGAUCCGGUUAGUCUGGUUCACAGAGGUACAAGCCGGGAGCUGACUUUCAUAACCACGUAACCGGCACGGAUUUCAAACCAAGAUUUAUCAGAAAGAGGAGAUUUGAUUGGCAUCUCUCCAAGGGUUGUAACUCCAUAUAUUUUAGAUAUUAGGUAACAUCAACUAAACUAAAUGUCAUGACCUUUAUUUAGUUGAAAACACGACAAAGACAAGAUAUUUAGGGCCUGAUCUACUCAAGGUUUGCGUGUGUGUGCCUUUUACGCAGUUGCUGGCUUCCCCAAAAGGAUAGGUGCAACUCCAUGGCUUCAAACUUCAUUUUUCAUCCAUGACCACUCUGCUCUCCCAAACUCUCCAUGGUGAUGGCCGAUAUCAGACCCUUAAUGUUCAAACUGAUAAAAUUUACUGUUUCUUUUUCUUUUUUUUUGCAACUAUUCUCUCAUUUUGAAUUUGAUGUUGUAACACAUUCCAAAAGAGCUGGGACAGAGUCACAUGUACCGCUGUGUUACAUCACUUUUGCUUUAAACGACAUUCGAUAAGUGUUUGGGAUCCGAGGACUCUAACUCCUUUGGCGUACAACUUUAGUUGCUCAACAGUCCGAGUGCUUGGGUGCUUUUCCCAUCACUUAAAUCACAUUUACAUUUCCUACAGCAGAAUAUUAUCACUCCUGGGGCCCCCAGCAGUCUUUCAUAUUUAUUGUUCAACCUUGAAAAAAGUUACAUUAUUGGGAGGAAACUACUCAUCCUCCUAGUGUGUUAGUAGUAGAUGAAAAUUGGAAUAGCGUUCCUUGCUCUUGUUCUGAAACUCAACUUCCUUGUUGCAGGACAAACAUCCUCACCCUGGUCAACCAUAUACAGGACUUCGCCUCCUUGCGUACGUGCCUGAUUGCCGAGAAGGAAAGAAAGUCCUGAAAUUACUGGAAAAAGCCUUCGACCAGCAGCUCCUAUUUACUGUGGCCACCAACGAAGAUGGAAAAGAUGUGGUUACUACAGCCUCAAUCCCCCUAAAAACACAACAAGAUGGAGGAAGCACAGUGUGAGUAUACUGUAUAUUGUAACCAUCAUAUUACUGAAGUAUUCAAUCCUUUUCACACACAGAAGUGAGGUACCCAAAAACAUGGUAAAGGCAACACAAAAUCAAGGUGACCAGAACGGUUAAAUUUUUUUUUUUAAUGGUUAAAAUACUAUUUCUUGAAGGAGGUGAAUAUAUGUUGUCCAGGCAGGACUCAUUCAUAUCUGACACCCGUCACUGCUAGCACAGACGCCUGGCUAAAAUGUGUCUGUUGUACCUCACUGAUGAAACACUGACUUUUUAAAUGUGUCUUCUUCCAGUGGAGGCUACCCGGACCCUGAGUACCUGAAGACUGUGAAGCAGCUACUGAAAGACGAAGGCAUUGAAUGA